GCAGCUGCACCACGGUCUUAAUGUAGCUUCUGAAAAAGCUGAAUCAUAAAGGAGCUAGCAGCGUUAAUGUGCUCAUCCUGAAUGAUAUUUGGACUUAUUGUGAGCUGUGAGGAGUGCUAUGGUGGCACAGCAGCAAAAUAAAGGAGAUCCUGAUGUAACAAAAAAGAUGGAGAAGGUGAAAGGAAUGAAGCACUUUCCUCCAUAUGGUAGCAUGGAUGAAAACACAACAGGGGACAACUGCCCCACAUGCCGUGGCACUGGCCGAAUCCCCAGAGGACAAGAAGACCAGCUCGUUGCCGUCAUACCGUGUAAUGAUGUAAGGCUGAAACCCAGACGCACGAAGCUGCAUGUCUGCAUCUCCAUGGGCCUGUGUCUCCUUAUUUGCUGUCUGAUCCUCUUUUUCCUCUUCCCACGGAGUGUCACCCUCACCCCAGUGUCUGUACAAUCAGUCACAGUAUACUUCAUCCCAGAUGAAGUUAAAAUGGACGUCACAAAUCUCAUCAACAUCACCAACACUAACUACUAUUCAGUUCAGAUUGUCGACUUCAGCAUUCAGGCUGUGGUUGGUCAAACAGUCAUGGGAAAGAACAAGAUCACUAAUAUGACCGCAAUCGAGCCCAGAUCACUGAAAUCUAAUGUAAUUUCAGUUGGCCUGGAUAUUAAAGAUGAAGGCAUAGCCUCUUACUGCAAGUCAAGCAGCAUCAAGAUUCACACCUUAUUUCUGGAGCUUCAAAUGACAAUGAAUAUUUCGUAUCUCUCGCACACGGAGCAGCUGUCCGUGGAGACCUUUGAGUAUAUUGACUGUGGCACCAAUUCAACAAUUCCACAUCCUGUGAGAAUAUGACUUCAGUGUACUGAAUCUGCAGUUUAUACACGAUAACUGCUCUCUGUUGUUUUAACACAUAAUAAGACUUUAAAUUAAUCACUACAGUGUUAUAAUGUAAAAAUAUUGACGCUUCAAACAUGCAUAUGUGUAAAAUGCACAAUUUGUGAAAUGUAAAAAUGAUUUUGAAGUCAUACCAAUUUUAAAUUGUCUUUAAAUUUGUGUGUGUGCACGCGACCACGUGUGUACUACUGUGUUGACCAUAGAUCUCCUUAUUGUUGGUCAUUUGCACUUUAUUAAACUGUAAAGGUUAAUGUUA